AUGUGUGCUUCAUCUCUUUUAUGUGCUUCUCUCUUUUAUGUGUGCUUCUCUCUUAUACGUGUGCUUCUCUCUUUUUGUGUGUUCUUCUCUCUUAUACGUGUGCUUCUCUCUUAUAAUUGCUUCUUGUUUUAUGUGUGUUCUCUCUUUAUAUGUGCUUCUCACUUUUAUGUGUGCUUCUCUCUUUUAUGUGUUUCUCUCUUUUAUAACUCUUCUUUAUAUGUCUUCUCUCUUUUUAUAGUGCUUCUCUCUCUACGUUGCUUCUCUCUUUUAUGUGCUUCUCUCUUUAUGUGUGCUUCUCUCUUUAUUAUAGUUUGCUUCUCUCUUAUACUUUUGCUUCUCUCUUUUAUAACUGCUUCUCUUUAUAUGUGUGAACUCUCUUUAUACGUGUGCUUCUCUCUUUUAUUUUUCUCUCUUUUAACUGCUUCUCACUUUUAUGUGUGCUUCUCUCUUAUAUGUGUGCUUCUCUCUUUUGUGUGUGCUUCUCUCUUUUAUGUGUGCUUCUCUGUUAUACGCUUCUCUCUUUUUUUGUGCUUCUCUCUUUAUGUGUUCUCUUUAUACGUGUGCUUCUCUCUUGUGCUUCUCUUUUUGUGUGCUUCUCUCUUAUACGUGUGCUUCUCUCUUUUAUAUGUGUGCUUCUCUCAUUUAUGUGUGCUUCUCUCUUAUAUGUGUGCUUCUCUCUUUUAUGUGUGCUUCUCUCUUUUAUGUGUGCUUCUCACUUAUACGUGUGAUUCUCUCUUUUAUGUGUGCUUCUCUCUUUUAUGUGUGCUUCUCUCUUAUACGUGUGCUUCUCUCUUUUAUGUGUGCUUCUCUUUUUAA